UUCACGCGAUCCGCACUUUCAGAUUUCAUACUACUAAUAUUAGAAUUUUCAAUCCGAAAUCCGAUCCAAUUCGAAUCACCUCGUUCACUCACUAGCCUAACAAUUAAUUUGUUACAGUUUGGAAGAGCAUCAGAGCUGGCUGAAAAAUGGCGGUAGAAAUUCCGAGCCGGCAGUUAUUCAUCGACGGCGAGUGGAAAGAACCGGUCCUCAAGAAACGCAUUCCGAUCAUCAACCCUGCCACUGAGGAAACCAUUGGGGAUAUUCCCAGAGCUACUGCUGGUGAUGUGAAGAUUGCUGUGGAGGCUGCUCGCAGAGCCCUUGCCAGGAACAACGGGAAAGAUUGGUCCUCUGCGCCAGGGGCUUCUCGUGCCAAGUAUUUGCGCGCUAUUGCUUCUAAGAUAAACGAGAGAAAAACCGAGCUAGCCAAACUCGAAGCAAUGGAUAGCGGAAAACCACUGGAUGAAACUGUUUCUGACAUAGGGGAAGUCGUAAGCUGUUUCGAGUACUACGCAGGCCUUGCCGAAGGAUUGGAUGCAAAGCAAAAAACUCCGGUUUCUCUUUCCACGGAGAAGUUCAAAACUCAUGUUCUUAAGGAACCGGUCGGGGUUGUUGGGUUGAUCACAGCAUGGAACUACCCUUUGUUAAUGGCUGCGUGGAAAGUAGCUCCUGCCUUGGCUGCUGGCUGUACUGCUAUACUGAAACCGUCUGAGUUGGCAUCUGUAACUUGUUUGGAGCUAGCUGAGGUGUGUAUAAAUGUUGGUCUUCCUCCCGGUGUCCUCAACAUUCUGACUGGACUAGGCAAUGAAGCCGGCGCUCCUUUAUCAACUCAUCCAGAUGUUGAUAAGAUCUCAUUUACCGGAAGUACUCUCACCGGGACCAAGAUUAUGGCAGCUGCAGCUCAAUCGGUCAAGCCUGUUGCAUUGGAGCUUGGAGGGAAAAGCCCCAUUGUUGUUUUUGAUGAUGCUGAUAUGGAAAAGGCUGUGGAAUGGACCUGCUUCGGUAUAUGUUCGUCAGGUGGUCAGACUUGCAGCUCAACCUCCCGUCUCAUAGUGCAGGAAAGCAUUGCUAUGGAGUUUGUGAACAGGCUUGAGGACUGGACCAAACUCAUCAAGAUUUCCGAUCCUCUGGAAGAAGGUUGCAGGCUUGGCCCUGUUGUUAGUAAAGGGCAGUAUGAGAAAAUAUUUAAGUACCUCGAAGGGGCUAGAAGUGCAAAAGCAAAAGUUCUGUACGGCGGGAAUCGUCCUGAGCAUCUGAAGAAGGGAUUCUUCAUCGAACCGACUGUCGUAACUGAAGUAACAUGCGCCAUGAAAAUAUGGAGAGAGGAAUUUCUCGGGCCGGUUCUUUGUGUCAAAACAUUCAAUACAGAAGAGGAAGCCCUUGACUUAGCAAAUGACAGCCCUUAUGGCUUAGGUGCUGCUGUCAUGUCAAAAGAUUUAGAAAAGUGUGAGCGCUUUGCUACGGGCGUUCAAGCAGGAGUUGUAUGGAUCAAUUGCUCACAACCAUCCUUCAUUCAGGCUCCAUGGGGAGGCUACAAACGAAGCGGUUUCAGCCGCGAAUUAGGAGAAUGGGGACUUGAGCUUUACUUGAACAUCAAGCAAGUUACUGAAUAUGUAUCAGAUCAACCUUAUGGUUGGUUUGAGCCACCUCCUCCAAGUCCCUGAACAGAAGAAUUUGAAAAAAAUGAAAAAUUAGAAAAUAAUUCAACUAUGUUGAAUAAAAUAAAAAGGUUAAUAUAUAUUUCAGUGUGUCUGAAACACAGAGUGCUACACCACUUGUGUCACUAUAUAAAUGGUGAGAUACUUGUGUUAAAAAAUUAACAAAUGAAAAAAUAAAACAUCAUUCCACUUGUAUAGUAACACGUGGUGUACCACUCGUGUUCCGGGUACAAUAAAUAUGUAAUGAACUGGACUUUAGAGAAAUAACUAUUUGAGUAUAUAUUCAUGUUGCUAUGUUGUAUUCGUUCUUAAGAAACAAGUUACGUGAUUAUUUCGUGAAAAAUAAUAUUUUGGACGGCUUUUAA